AUUUGAAAUUCUUCUUCUACCCGCUUAGCAUGGCCUAUGUAUUAAAGACACUCAACAGCUGGUUCUGGUGGGAGAGCUUGUGGAUACCUGCCAAUUGCACAUGGGCAGAUCUUGAAGACCACGAUGGCAUUGUCUUUCCAAAGCCAUAUCAAUUAUAUGCCACGAUACCAUACGCUUUUGUGAUGCUGAUGGUCCGAUUCGUGAUAGAAAGAUAUAUUGCCAUACCUCUAGCAAAAGCUUUAGGUAUCAAGAACGUAACGCGAGUGAAGCCGCAGCCAAAUGCUGUUCUAGAGAAUUAUUUCCGAAAAUGCACAAAACAUCCAUCCCAAUCUGAGAUUCAAGGCCUGGCCAAAAAGUGUAACUGGACAGUUCGUUUGGUGGAAAAGUGGUUUAGGAGACGGCGAAAUCUUGAGCUCCCAACGAUGCUUCGGAAAUUCCAGGAAGCUUGCUGGCGAUUUUCAUUUUAUCUCACAUCAUCCAUUGCUGGAUUUAUAUUUCUAUAUGAUAAACCUUGGUUUUAUGAUAUAUGGCAAGUGUGGGUUGGCUAUCCAUUUCAGCCCUUGCUAUCAUCCCAAUAUUGGUACUACAUGGUCGAGAUUAGUUUUUAUUGGUCUCUGUUGUUUACCCUUGGUACUGACAUCAAAAGGAAGGACUUUAUGGCCCACGUCGUUCAUCAUUUGGCAGCCAUUGUUUUGAUGGCCUGUUCUUGGUGUGGCAAUUAUGUUCGUAUUGGGACCUUAGUGAUGAUUGUACAUGAUACUGCAGACUUUUGGCUUGAGUCAGCCAAAAUGUUUAAUUACGCUCGUUGGGAAAAAACCUGCAAUGUUCUCUUCGUCAUCUUCUCUGUCGUGUUCUUCAUCACGCGGAUUAUCCUUUUCCCUUUUUGGAUUUUACCUGGCACAUUAUAUCUGCCUUCAUAUUACUCCUCAACAAUCGUCAUAGCAUAUUUCAUCUUCAAUGGGCAGCUUCUAAUUCUGCAAGGCCUCCAUCUCUACUGGGGCUACUUUGUUCUCAAAAUUUUGAAUAAAUUCCUGUUCCUAAAGGUGUUCAGGACGCCUACACCUGCUUGGGCUAAAACUGAUGGCAAAAAAGACUUGAAAGAUGACCGGAGUGAUGAAGAAGAGGAAGACUCCCUCACUGAUAAUGAAGAGUGCAUGAAGAAUGGCAGCAAGAAUGGCAGCAAGAAUGGCUGUGGGUUGAGCAGACACCAACUCUUAAACAACAAUCAUUAGAUCCAACCCUGCACCAGCUCCUGCAGUGUCGCUUGCUGUGUCCUUAACCCAACCUACAGUAUAGAGCUUAAAGUCAACAGGCUUAAAAGAGUCUGUGAUUGAUUUAUUGCUGGUUACUAGAUCUGGAAGGAAGCCCAUUUUAGAAAGGGGGUGGGGGGACUGCUUAACAUGACAAAAUGUGUUAAUGACCCACUUUCUGAAUUACUGCAUACAAGUGUGUGAAAAACAUAUCUAGACUCUGUAAAUCUCUCUUGAAAUGCUCAAGAAUUUCAAAACUAUCUCAGAACACUUAAAAUCUAAUGGAUUUAAUCAUACAUUGCAAAUCUGAGAAAAGCCAGGCAACUUUACCCAAUAAUUUUAGUGGCGUUUCCAUAUAUUUUUAGAAGCUGAUGUGAACCCCACUAAAGAUCAGAAUUGCAAGAGAAAUCUAUAACACUGGGAUGUAUUAUCCAGCAUUUUACGCAUCCUGUUUGCAUUUCAGCCCUUAGCACUGGGCUGCUGCUUGUGAAUUAGAUCUAAUUCCCAUGUGGCUGGGGGAAGCUAGCAAGUAGGCUCUGUGGCUAUUAUUCAAGUUUGUUUGUGCCUCCCUGAAAUGCCUCCUUCACUUAAAGAAGCAAUUGUUAGAUCCUUGCUCAAAAAAAUCCGUUCUUUGCAAUGGCAGAUAAUCUCUCCAGAUAUCACCCAUCUCAAGUCUUCUGUUUCAGGGGAAGAUUUUCAAGAAAGUGGUGGCAAAAAAAAUAAAAUCUCAUUCAUUAAUAGGGUUUGUAACGUUUUUGAGACUGGAUUACUGCAUUGAGUUCUGCAGGAGGCUACACUGUCAAACCACUCAGCAAUUGCAGCUAGUCCACGGUGCCAUGGUCUACUCAGUCAUUGGAGUCUUGCACAAAAUGAGCUCUGAGCUUUCCAAUACUCUGGCUAUCGACCAACUUCCAGACGAAGUUUCACUUAUAAAGCCCUAAAACAGUGGUUCUCAAACCUUUGUACUAGUAACCCCUUUCACAUAGCAAGCCUCUGAGU